AUGUUUAAUACUCACCAUCUUCCGAAGGCGUUGGUGUGGACUGUUAUCAUUGUGUUGGUGGGAGGUAUCCUUCAGAAGAUCAUCAAGGCCGUCAUUCAGCCUCGUUUUUCCAGAUUGCGUCAUCUUCCAGGACCCCAGAAUAAUCAGUUUUUAGUCGGCCAAGCACUCCGUCUCCUGCGUACUCCAGGCCCAAAUGACCUUUUUCUCCAAUGGAUGCGUCGCUGGCCCGAGGCACCUUUCAUACGAUGCCUGUCUUGGCUGAAUUCGGAGAUGCUCCUGGUGAACAACCUUGAAGCUUGUCGCGAGGUGCUGCAGACAAACGCCUAUUCUUUUGUCAAGCCUGCAUUCUUUCACACUCUGGUGGGAGAAUUUCUCGGUGUUGGACUUCUUUUCAGUGUCGGUGAUGAGCACAAGCGUUUGAGGCGUAUCGUUGCGGGGCCUCUUUCUCGACCCAGUGUACGGAGACUGAUGCCUGUGUUUGUCAACGAAUCCAAUGCGCUCAAUAGAAAGAUUGCAGAUGCCAUCAAAGAGCAUGACCAAGGGGGAAUGGAGAUUGAGACCUUCUUCACCAGAGCAUCUCUCAACAUCAUCGGAGUCUCAUUGCUCGGAAAAGAGCUCCAUAGCUUCAGAUCCCCUUCAUCGCCCCUCACCUUUGAGCAAUGCUAUAGCAACAUCCUCACACAGCCUAUAGCGGGCCAACUAAUAAGUUUCAUUAAUCCCUUUAUUCCCUUGCGAUGGCUUCCCGUCAAGGCAAACAUUGACUUUGUCCGUGCCAAGGCGGCACUCAAGACCAUGAUGACGGAGCUGAUCGAGCAGCGGACUGAUGAAGUCUUGGCGGCGAGAGGUGGCCAGUCUGAUUUUGUGCUUUCAGACGAUCUUUUGACCCGAAUGAUCGAGGCUAGUUUCGGUGAGGAUACAAGGCUUUCGAAGCAGGAGUUGAUCGACAUUACCAUGCAAGUCAUCGCCGCUGGUCACGAAACAACUGCCAGUGCUCUUACCUGGAUAACAUACGCUCUCGCAACACACCAAGAUGUCCAAAACCGUCUUCGAGAAGAGCUAUCAGGAAUCGAAGUGACCAGUUCUGCGGCUAAGGCUAUUGAUGAUCUACCCUACCUCAACAACGUGAUCCGGGAGGCACUUCGGGUGUAUUCUCCGACGCUAAUGGCUCCUUGGGAAGCUAGCGAGAACAUGGUCAUAGCCGGCGUUGAGAUUCCCAAGGGAACAAUGAUUCAGACAGUUCCUGCCAUGGUCCAGAUGAAUCCCAGCAUCUGGGGUGACGACGCCGAGGCCUUUGUCCCUGAGAGAUGGGAUACCUUGACCGGCGAUGCCUCGAGUCCGUUUUCCAUCGAAGUAUUUUUAAAUGGUCCACGAAUGUGUCCUGGAAAGGCCUUGGCUCUGCUUGAGAUCAAAGUUCUGUUGAUGGCGAUGAUCAAGGAGUUUCAACUUGAGAUGGUGGAUACGGAGAUGGAAGUCAGGAACCCAAGUUUGACGUUGAAGCCUAAGGAUGGAUUGCAUGUGCGAGUCCGUCGGGUAUGA